AUGGACGAUGAAGCACGGCUCCAGCACGAACUUGCCGAGAUUGUGCUGGACAAACGUCAACUACAGCUUGAACGUCGGGAGCUGGACAUCAAACGCCGGCUCAAACUGCUCGAGGGAUGCGUCGAGUCGGCUGAAGGCGAUGCCACCGUCAAAUCUGGAGCUAAGCGUGAGCAAGCAGACGUCUCGUCGAGUGUUCCCGGAACAGAUGACACCACUGUCAACUUGAGUGGGACGACAGUCAUCGAAAAGGACCAAGAAAAGGUGGGAAAUGAGAACUGCGAGACUAGAAAGGGAACGCAAUGUCCGAAACUCUGUCCGCGUGAGGGUUCAGAAGCGAGAUCAAUCGGUGAGAAGAUGAGGAAUCGCUUCUUCACUUGCGAGCCAGAAGAGCAAACGGCCGGCCAGGGAAAGUCUCAAGAACGUCACGAAACGCUCUUAGCAGCCUCUACAGGCCGUCCACCGACCGAACCCUCGAGCUUUCCAGCAAAGCAAAAGCAAAACACGCCCUCAGAUACCUUUGUCCUUACUUUAGACUCUGACUCUGACGUCGACACAAGUGACUCCACAGGCGGGUAUGGUGCCAGGGUGAAACGACGACGAGUGUCCGCGAGGGACGAAAAGCAAGUCGCCGACGUCCCAGGACCCAUGACAGAGUCUCAACGGUACGACCUCGUCCAACACUACACGGGUCUUCUGCUCAAGCACAUGACAUCGAUCGAGUCCACACUUGCCUACGCGUGUUUCCAGAAACCGACCGUGGCCUCCAAGCUGCGGAGAGUCACUUUCGGGACUACACACCACAGCAUCGCCCUUCUCCACGAGGACUUUACAGCGGUUGUGAACAAGCACGCCAAGGAUUCCCGACUGCGUUGUGCGCUCGUGGUGGAACUCGACAAGUUUGAAUGGGCUCGGGAGUCGUGGUGGCCGUUGUGCGAAGCGCUCAACACCCAGCAGGAGAGGAUCUCGUUCGUCACAAAGGUGUUCCCGGACGUCGCGGAGGAUAAUUUCAGCCUGGAGGAGUGUAAGGCGGAACACGGGGCGGGAAAAAAGGCUUGA